CAGAGAUAAACAUGUUAUAAAAGAAUGGCUAAAAUUAUCGAAAAGAGAAACGUGUGUUAUUGUUGACUUUGUGUUCACCUUUUUUGUGUAAAAUACACCACUAAUCAAGUGCUUUAACCACUAAUGGCUCAAGGAACAACUCGGCCUCAAUGGAUCACAGAAUCACUAUGAAAUCUAUGAAGAAAAAUACACAUUUUACUGGUUGAAAAAUACCAAGUUUUUACAAAGUAACUUAACAACAUAUUUAUAAACUUUUAAUAACCUAAUACUAUGAAGUGCAACUGGCUUUGCAUUUUAACGGUUUAUGUAUUCAUUUGCUACGUUUUUACGGUAUAUGGAAAUCCAUUAUAUUCACCUAUGGACAAGAUCGUACUACUUGAAAAUGAUACGAUAUCUACGGCUAUAUAUAAUAGUAAUUUCGCUUGGUUUGUUGAAUUCUAUUCGAGUUGGUGUGGGCAUUGUCAGUCUUUUGCUCCAGAUUGGAAGAGAUUAGCAACACAAGUUGAAGGUUAGAUUUUAGGAUUUUCAUAUAAAGCGAACAUAUCGAUGUCUUCUUUUGUGUAAAAGAAGGCGUUUAUAUUUCGUGUUUAAAGGGCUUACAAUACACAUUGUUUCGUUAUUAGGUCAUGCUGUUUAUAAGCAGAAAUUAUAUUUAUACAAUUUAGAAUCAUUUUUUAGUUUCAUUAUAUUAAUAUUUGAUCAGUAUUAACCAACUAGGUUAAUAUUUAACUCAAUUUCAUGAUGUUAAUAUAUAUAUUGGUCAUGUAUUUUCAUACAUACUUUUCAUAAAAGUCUUUGACUUUUUGUUCGUACUGUAUAAAUAUUUAAUGAAAGCAAGUCAACCUCAAAAUUAGUUUAAUGUAUUAUAUUACAUUAAAUUGAAUAGGAAAGUAAAUUGUAGGCAAAAAUAUAAAAUAUGGCAUAGCAAAAGAAUAUCCAUUCUUUCUUUGCAAUGCGAAGUUCCCGAGGCAACAUGUUUUUGGUGUAAAAUAUCUUGCCUUGCCAAGCUAGAGUGCAGCUGGUCUCGGUGAGAGCUUAUGGAAUAUGCUAUCAUAUCUAUCAAAUAAAUGUUCAAGACAAUCCCUUCACAAGUAAACUUGCCAUGCAUUAGAUAAAAUAAAAUAACAAAGUAGGGCAAAUUGGGACUCACUGCACUGUCCAGUAUUGGGCAGAAUAAAAUAAAGAAAUGUUAACUUAUUAUAUAACUCAUUCAGUUGCAGUGCCCUGAUGCACCCUACUUAAUUAUUUUACUCUGUCUAAUGCCAGACAAUUUUAUUCAUAAAAAAGGAGAGAGUGCUGCUGCUCAGUGGGUUAGUUAAGCCACAAUCUGCUCUAAUGUGACUCAGCGCUUUGUUAUAAUUUUUAUGUUGUCUAGCACUAGUUGAUUUAAUUUGUCAAGGGAAUGAUUUGUGCAUAAAUGGUUAUUUAUAUAUCUUGUUACUACGGAUUCGGGAAGACUGUUUUAAAAUGUGAAUAAUUAUUGCUAGGUAGGUUGAUGACGUUGUGAGGGUGUUGUUUAUAUGUUGUCUUUAAAAUUCAACCGUUCAUGGCGGGAAUUUUACAGUUUACGAACAAGGAAAAGCAUCAUCGAACGUAACCAAAAGAGGUAUUAUUGACAAAAUAAUUCCCAGAGGAGGACAGAAAGAGAGAUUCAUGACUAAAACCACCAAAAUUCAACAAAUAUUAUGUAAGCCAGAACAUGAUGUUUUCCUCACAAUACAUAUAAACCUCACUCUUGCAAGUCAAUCAACCUGCCUAGAAACAUCAUAAUCCAACUGAUUGAUCAUAUACUAUAACAUGUUAAUUUGCACAAUAUAAAUAUUAAAGACCAUGUCAAGUCCGUAAUGUAAACAAAUCAUUUGUUUAUAUUUUGAACUGCUAUAUUUGUAAAAUAAGACAUACUAACUGAAUAUCUAACACUUUUCUGGUUUGCUAUUGUAAAUGAAUAUAAACUAGAGUAUGUUUCAAUUCAAAAAAGUUUGAAAGAUGGAAAAUGUGGGCAAUGUUUAUAUCUGUGGGUCCCCCCUUUUAAUUGUUAUGAGCAGAACUGAUGUGCAGAACAGACUUGACUUGGUCUUUAAAUAUUAUUAAUUAUUGUUGCAAUGCACGCAAUAAUUAUUUGCAUUAAACAGUCUUCCCAAAUCCGCAGUAAGCCGUUUGAAAACUGCAGAUUGAUAGGAAUACAACUACUUGAAAAAUACAAACAGAACUUAUUGUCACUGGCACAGAUCGUUAUAUUGCUAAUUAGCCAUUAAGCUGCAAUUGUGCCUAAUGUGCCCUACUGUACUUUGUUAUUACCGAAAAAAAUUUUUCCAGAAUUUAUUUUGGCGAUCACAAAAUUGACCACAAUUAUACAGAAUUUGUCCAAUUUAUUUUUAUAAUAAGCCAAAAUUGCCCGACUGUUUAGCGAAUAUUGCCCGACUGCCCAACAAACUGGGGGGGGGGGCUGCCCCCCCCCCCCCCCCCCGGUACGCCCAUGUCUCUAAUGCUAGACAAAUGUACUCGUUGAGAGGAAACUGUUAGAUGUUAAUACUUAAUGGGUUGCUAUUCCCGUAGGCUGGAAUAGUGUUAUUCAAGUUGCUGCUAUAGACUGUGCCGAGGCCAGGAACCUGGGGACAUGUGAAAAUUUUGGCAUACAAGGAUAUCCUACACUUAAAGUAAGUCGUGCACCCUGGCUGUCUUCAGAAGACUUUAGUCAUGCAUGGCCCUGUUACUGUACAGCUAGGCUAUAUUGUGUUUGGCCCAAAACAUAAAGAUCUUGGAACAGUUUACACAGGUAUAUAUUAAUUCAUUAUGUUUCAAACAUCAUUAAAAGCACUGCGCACUCGUGGCUUUAAACCUAAUAAAACACUCCUGCUCGCUUAUUAAACAGUACUUAAAAUACUCAUUAAUAAUUCAUAUACCAUGUGGCAAAUCAUGUCAGCUAUAAUAUGUCACGUGGAGUGGCUUUAUAUCUGAUAAAGCAUGUGGCAUAAUUAUAUAAUUGUUCAUCCUAAUUACUCAUACUAUGAUUAUAUAAUGGUUCAUCCUAAUUAGUAUUCUUUUGUAGUCGUAUUUUAAUUAAGCUAUUCAAAACACUCGUUGUCAUGUUUUAUCAGACAUAAAACGCUCGGCUGCGCCUCGCAUUUUAUAUCUGAUAAAACACUCCUACUCGUGUUUUAAAUAGUACUUAUACUACCUAAUAACUCUGGCAAUUGUGUCAUUAACACUAAUCAACACUGCAUGGAAAUUCCAACUUUUUUUCAACUGUUUUUCCAGGAGACAGAGAACCACCUGAAAUGCAGCACGCUAUUAUUGACUAUUUGGAAGCAAAAGGAAACCCUCACAUGAAGAUCGAUUUUACACCAAUUAGGUAAGCCUACCUUGGAGUAUUACUGAGUAGCUGUUUAGGAAAUCUCAAAGUUUGCAAUAUGCACAUUUACAUAAAGUCAUAUAUUUCAUUCUCUCUUCCGCAGCAGAAAAAUGUCUGACAACUUUUCUGAGAAAAUGCGAUUACCUAAACCUGUGGCGUUGGUUUUUGAAAGUAACUCGUCUUAUCUUGGGAAAGAGGUAUAUUUUGUAUUCUUAUUUAACCCAUUAGUUGCAUUGUGCCCUAUAAUGUGCCGAACUGUAUUAUUUUACUCUGUCUAAUGCCAGAUGAUUUUUAACAUUAUGUAACAUACAAAAGAUUUUCCUCUUAAUCAGACCAUUUGCCAACAUUUCUAUAGCUGUUGCAAAUGUUGAUUUGCAUCCACUAUAAAAUUGGCAUGGGAAAAUGAUUCCAUUUGAGCCGAAAAUUAAAGCAUGUCUUUGGUUAUAUAAUCGAUUAGGACAACAAUAAAAUCUGUUCCCAUAUACCAAUUUAGGAUAUGUGAAAGUUGUUACUUUGAUUAGGAAUGUUUUGUUCUUUGUAGCUUAUGUUAGAUUUGAUGAACAAUCCUAAGAUUAUGGUGAAGAGAGUGGUCAAUGAUGUAUGUAUUUACCCUUAUUGUGAACAAAAAAAUGUUCUGUUCCUUGCUACUGUAAGGACAAUUUGUGAUUAUGAAAAUUAGCAUGGAGUGAUUAUGAAUGUUAUUCCACCAUUAUUUCAGGAGGUUAGAAAAACGAAAUACAAAGUAACCCGACUUCCUCAAGUGGUCUUGGUGUUGGAAGAUGAUCAAUUUGUUCAUUUAAAGUAAGUAUGUAUAUAUAAACGCUAAACUCCGCGGAGCUCAAUCCAUCACAUACAGACGUAAAAAUCUCAAAUCUUGUUUAUGCAACUGGUCGAAUGUGUUCGCACUGCUUGUUCCCAGUUGUUGUGACAAGUCUGGAACAAGUUGCUAUCACCUUGUUACAAGGUUGUUGAGGUAACAGUAAUUAACAGACUCGCUACAAGUUGUUCCAACAACACUAAUACAGGCUGUUUGUAACAAGUUGCGACGAGCUUGUUAUCAUCAACUUGUUAAUAACUUGUUACGUGCAGAUUAUAUCAGACUUGUUGGAACAACUUGUUACUAGUCUGUUGGCCUCAUCAACCUUGUUACAAGACAACAACUUUGUUCCAGAUUUGUCAAUAACUGGGAACAAGCAGUGUGAACCCAUCUUGUGAGAUGUUUACGCGUGUAGGGCCUGUAGCGAACUCAGGAUUGAAAAACACAGGGACGUAGCGACCGGGGGGUGUGUGGGGGGGUGUGACACCCCCCCAACUUAGACGAUUUGAAAAUUUCAGGUAAAUCCAUGAAAAACUGGCAUUAAUAAAUCAGGUAAAAAAUCUUGAAAACCCAUAACGAAAACAGGCAAAUAAUAGAGGAUUGAAAUGCGGAAAAUAGAUGAGGUUUUUAUUCUUUAUUGCGUCAUACGUUGAUACGUUCAGAGGUUUCCGUUUUAUCAACGUAGCCAUGCCAGGCUUUAUUUUACGAAAAGAAUAUGUUGUCUAUUUUACUAUUUCCAUCGGCAAAAAAACAUAAUUUUUUCGCUAAGUAAUAUGCGCUUCCGGUUUUGGCUCUACACACAAGGUCAAGGUACGUGCAAGAAAUUAUAUUAAUUUCAUCUACUUUUUGAUAGUAAUACAGUGUAUUUUAUUUAUUUAUUUAGCUUCGCCUAUAAAUACACAAUCAAACAACACGUACACGCAACCAUUUCUGUCCAACACGAAAACGAGCAAACUUCAAUGCCCCUGUCUUGAAAUACAUAGAAGACAUAGAAUUAUUUGUUUGCUUAGAUUAAUACAACAACAGGGAUAUGAUAUCCGGAUGUAAAUUUUGAACGUCUGUAUGUGUGAUGCACAUGUCACGAUGUGUAUUGUGUGCCGUGUAUUUUGUCAUAUUUUUACUUAUAUAGUAGUUCGUUAAUAAUUCUACACAUAUGGCCGAUAUAUACGCAAUAUUCGUCUAUUAAUAUCUAAAGAUUUGUCUCGUAGAUUUGUAACAUUGUUGAAUAGUUUUGGUUGAAUGAGCCAUUACGAGGGCAUUGUCCUAGCCUUACUGUUCUCUAUAUUAUACGCGUAUAAUCUUUAUGCAUUAUUUAUUACACAGUGAACAACGUGAACAACUACGUCUUGAGACUUGAUGUUAACCUAAGUAUGUGACUUUUUGUGAUUUUUGGGCAAACAUAAACGAGAAUUAAUGGAAUUAAUGGAGAAACAAAUUGGUCUUAAGGACACUUUUAAUCCGUUCCUAAAGGUUUUGCAUCCAGAAACACCAGGAACAAAGCCUAGCAUUACACAGCGAAUUGUCCGUUUUCUUUAAAAAUGCGCUGAAGGAACACAGACGAAUGGAAGAAGAACGUCAGUCACAAGGUCUUGAGGCAAAACCCAUGUCAUGUACGAUCGCUGCAAACAUUGCUCUUAAAGUGGCCAAAAAGCAUGGUCUUUUCAAGUUGGCUUCAAAGUUUUAUAAACUAUUUCUGACAGCCGCCCAUGCCGUUGGCGUUGUGAAAAAUGAGAGAUCAUUCAGUUUACUGAAGAUUGUAAAAAGUUAUUCACGCAAUAACAUAUCUGAUCCUUGCCGCUGA